UGAAUAUUUGGUACAUUAAAUUGUGAUUAUUAAAAUAAUGUCAUGGCUGAAGAAUCAAUUGAUAAUAAUGAAACAAAAAUUAAUUUAUUUGAAGAAAAUAUAUUUGAAUUAAAAUGUUUAAUAAAAGCAACUGAUAUAUCACAUAGUGCAAGAUGUGAAAUUGGCAGAAAACAAUUAUUGGCAUUUACAACAUGUCAUACUGACAUUGGUAUAUAUUAUCAGCCAGAUAUUUAUAAAUCACCAAUAAUAAAACGUAUUAAAUGGUUUAAAACAACAGAUAAAUCAAUAUCAGCAUUGUGUUUUGAUUUAACUGGUUCUUGGCUUCUUGUUGCAAGUCAAGAUGGUACAAUUUAUAUUGUACCCGCUUUGGCACUUGUUGAUAAAAGCAAUACACUUGAUCAUAAAUGGUCAAUUGAAGAUAUUACACCAAUAACAAUUAUUGAUCUUCCAUCACCAUAUUCUAGACCAACAGCAUUAACAUGGUGGCAAGGUGUAACACAAUCAAGUCACAUUGGUAUUAUUGGUACUGAUGAAGGUGAAAUAAUAUUUAUUAAUAUUGAAAAUGGUCAAUGGAUUGGUUCAACUCAAGUAAGUGGUACAAUAACAUCUUUAAAUAUUUGUCAAGAUAAUAGUUUGGAAAUUGUAUCAUUAUUAAUAACAAAUUCACAAGAUAAACAAUGGCGUUUAAUAUUAGAACAACGUACAAAUGGUUGUUUAUUUACAAUAAAUAAAACAUCAAAAUAUAAUAAAAAAAAUAAUGAAAAAAUUGAUGAUACAAGACCAUAUCAAACACGUUCACGUUUACAAGGUCUUAAACAAUUAUCUGUUGAAAAAUUAGCUAUAUUAAAACAAAAACUAGCUGAUACACGUAAUAAUAAAAAUUUAACAACAACAACAAUACGACGAGACAGUGAAAGUAGUAGUAGUAAUGAAGAAUUUGAAAUAUUACAAAAAAAAGAAACUACAAUUGUACAUCCAGAAUUAUUAUCUGAGGAUGUUUAUUUAUCACCUCAAUAUACACGUCAAGGACAACAUUUAUAUACAGCAUAUUGUAAAACAACAAAUCACAUAACAAUUCAUGGUACUGAUGUGUCACUUGUACCACUUCAUAUGUAUAAAAUGCCAGAGCCAUGUUGUGAUAUUAUUUUAACUCAACGUUUAUUUUUUAUAACUGGUCCAAAAAGAAAAAAUAUAUGGAUUAUAUCAUGUCCACUUGCUGAACUUAAAAUUGAACAAAAAGAAUUAUCAAAAUUUAAUAAUGAAUCAAUAAUUGGAAAAUUUAAAUUUAAUAAUUCAAAAGAAUAUAUUAAUUUUAUUUAUCGUUCAUCUGAUUAUCCAGAAAAUUAUAAUACAACAACAACAACAACAACAACAAAUAAUAAUGAUAAAAAAAAUUGUUUACCUAAAAAUAUUGAUGAUUUAAAUAUUGAAAUACCACCAGUUGAUACAUGUAUUAUUAUAACAAAUUUUGGUAUAUAUAAAAUUGUAUUACGUAAAUCAUUAUUAAAGCUAUUUAUUGAAUUAGCAUUAAAAAAUAAUAAAUGUGAUAUUGAAAAAGCUGGUAGACUUGGUAUAAUAUUUGGUAUAAAUGUACAACAAUUAUUUGAAUGUGCUGGUGAUAUACAUUUAUCAAAUGGUAGAUUUAAUGAAGCUGCUGGUUUAUAUAAAAUUUCAAGAUGUAGAUUAUUAAAAGGUGUAUUAAAAACAGCAGCAACUGGACAUACAGAAAAAUUACUUGGUUGUUUAUGUCAUUGUUUAACACCACCAUCAGUUAGUGAAUUAACAACAACAACAAGAAUACAUUUAUCAAAUUUAACUGUAUUUGCAUUUAGUGAAUUAGUAUUAAGAUCAUCAUCAACAUUAUCACAAGAUAUUAAUUCAAUAUAUAAAGAUUUUUUAAUAUUUUUAUCAACAAAUCAUUAUUAUGAUGAAAGAUGGGUUGUUGAUGUUGUUGGACAAACAUGUUUAUGGAAAGUAUUACAUCAUUUAGCAACACAAAGAGGCCUAUAUACACAAGUACUUGAUAUAUUAUUAACAACAGUUAAUAAUAUAACAUUAACAAAUACAAUUAAUAGUAAAUAUGGUUUAUUAAUAUGUAUUAGUGAAGUAAAUUUUUUACAAUCACUAUUAUCAUAUCCAAUAUUUGCUAAAAAACAUAUGGAAUUUGUACAUAAAAAUUUAUCACAAUUACAAAUAUUUGUAUUACAAAGAUUAAUUGAUUUAUAUGAUCCAACAAAUCCAGUAUUUAGACCAUUACUUGUACGUUAUAAAUCAAGAAGAAGAACAACAUCACAUAGUUCACAAUCAUCACAAUGUGAUUCAUUAGAUUCAUCAGAUGUACUUGAUGAAACUGGUUCAAUUGUUGAAGAAUUUAUUGAAACAUUUUUAUUUAUAUUAUUAACAUAUUUAAAUAAAAAAGGUUUUACAAAUAAACAUAAUACAAAUUUAAUUGGUCGUAUUAAUUAUCCAGGUAUUGAAAAACGUUUUAAUAUUGUUAAAAAUAUUGAUUUUAAAAGACGUUUAUUAUCUGCUGGUUAUGGACAUGUUGCAUUAAUUAGAAAUGGUAAUGUUUAUACAUGGGGUACAUCAUCAAAUGGUUGUUUAGGUACUGGACCAACAAUAUCAAAAUAUGGUUCACCACAACCAAUAACAAUAUUUAAACAAAUUGAAGUUGAAUUAUUAAGUGUAUCUUGUGGACGUUGUCAUACAUUAGCUAUUACAAAUAAUGGUAUAUAUGCAUGGGGUGGUAGUCAAUAUGGACAACUUGGUCUUGGACGUUUAUUACAAACACCAAAUCCUGAAUUAAUUGUAUCAUUAGCUGAUGAAAUUAUUGUUGAUGCUGUUGCUGGACAAUAUCAUUCAGUUGCAUUGACAAUGGAUGGUAGAGUAUUUACAUGGGGUUGGGCUGUACAUGGACAACUUGGUCAUGGUAAUACAAUACAAAAAAAUAUACCAACACCAAUUAAUUAUUUAUUUGGUAUUGUUAUUAAAACAAUUGCUGCUGGACAUGCACAUACAUUGUGUUUAACUGUUGAUGGUAUUUUAUAUGCAUUUGGUUGUAAUAUAUUUGGACAAUUAGGUAAUGGUAAUAAUAUUAAAUCGCUAAUACCAAUUAAAAUUAAUUUAAUAAAUGAACCAAUAACUGAUAUUGCAACAUCAUAUUUUCAUAAUUUAGCAAUAACAAUGACAAAUAAAUUAUAUACAUGGGGAUCAAGUCCACAAAUAUUAAGAUUACAAUCACAAGCACAAAAAAAAAUUAAAUUACUUGAAUAUCAAGCUGCUGUUGAUAAAUACAAUAAUAAUGAUGAUGAUGAUGAUGAAUUAACAAGUUGUUGUAGCAGCAGCAGCAGCAACAACAAUAAUGAUGAUCUUUCUGAUAUUGAAAAGCUGGCAAUUAAAACAAUUAAUGAAAGAAAAUUAAAUUCAUCAAAUAAUAAUAUACAAAAAAUUGGUCUUAAAGAUGUUAAUCUUGGUUUACUUGAAGAAAAUCAAACACAUUUAAUACCAAUAUUAGUUGAUACAAAUUUAGUUAAUGGUAAAAUUGUACAAAUAUCAACUGGUUGUCAUCAUUCAGCAUUAUUAGCUAAAGAUGGUACUGUUUAUACAUGGGGUAGAAAUUUUGAUGGACAAAUUGGUAAUGGUACACGUUGUGAUGUUACAAUACCAACACCAUUAACAUAUAAUCCAACUUCUGUACUUGCUCAAGUAUCACAAAAAAUUAAUAAUUAUAAUUUUAAUAAUACCAAUAAUAAUACUAAUAAUAAUAAUAAUAAUAAUAGUGGUAAUGGAAAUGAUAAUGAUACAAUAAAUGAUGAUAUAAAUAAAAAAUUACAAACAAAUCGUGUUAUAAAACCAGUACGUAUAUGUUGUGGUUGUGAAUUUACAGUUGCAAUACAACCUGGUGGUACAUUACUUGCAUGGGGUUUAAAUAAUAAUGCACAACUUGGUAGAUCACCAACAAAAGAUACAUCAAGUAUAUCAGAAAAACUUGUACUUAUUAAAUCAUCAAAACGUGUUGUACGUCUUCCACAUGGUGCUCAUGUUGCAAUUGAUUCACCAACACAAGUACCAAAUAUACCAACACCAGUUAUAACAUAUCAAAGUUAUGAUGUAACACCAUUUGCUGGACGUAUACGUAAUAUUAAUAUUAUUGAUAAAUCAUAUACUGAUAUUACAUUACAUUAUAUAUUAGAACAAUUUAAUGGUAUUUAUGAUUCAACUAAAAUUAUGGAAAAAUGUGAUGAACUUGAAGAUUAUCAAGCAAGAUCAAAACUUGCAUUAUUAGAACAAAAUUAUUUAAUAUCAUUGGCUUAUCAAUUAAAAACAUUAAAUCCAGAUAAUUAUAAAACUUUAGUUAUGUCUUCUAAAGAAAAUUAUUCUAAUGAUAAUGCUAAUAAUGUUGAUAAAGAUGAAGAUGAUAAUAUUGAAGAAAUUAAUAACACUGAUUAUGAUGACAAUGACGAUGGUGAUGAUGAUGAUGAUGAUGAUGAUGAUGACAAUGAUGAUAAUGAUGAUUGUAAUAAUAAAAAAUUAAAAGAUAAUACAAAAUUAUUUGCUAAACAUGUUGUUAAAAAUCUUGUUGAAUGCAUUGAAGAAAAUGAAUGUAAAAAAAAAAUAAAAAUGACAACAAGUAAAUCAUUAGAUUGUAUGCAAUUAUUUGAAGAAGAAUUAUAUAAUUUUGAUUGUCAAGGUGGAUCUGAAGAGCUAUGUGAAGAUAAUAAAAGUGAAGAUAAUAUAUCAUUGGAUAUAACUGAAGAUGCAUUUGAUAAUGACAAUGAUAAUGAUGAUAAAUUAAUAAAACAAAAAUUUAAUAAUAAUAAUAAUAAAUUAUAUAUUGAUUUAAUGACAAAUGAUGCAUUAAAUAUUGUAAAAUUUUAUAUAAAUGAAAUUGAUGAAAAUUCAAAUAAAAUAAUACAACAAAUACUUGAAACAAGUUUUACAUUUUGGAUUAAUAAUAAUCUAAAUAUGAAUAAAUUAGAAAAUUUAUUAUUAAAAUAUAUAAAUAAAUUAUAUUAUUCACUUGGUUUAUUAUUAUUUUGUAAUGAUAUUGAUAAAAAUAAUACCUCAAAUAAUAAUAUACAAAUAUAUGAUGCUGUAUCAACAAAUUUUAGUAUAAAAGUAUGUAAUUUAAUGUUUCGUCAUAUUGAAGAUGGUAAAUCAAAUCAUGAAUAUAUUGAAAUGUUAUCAUUAUUAAUGCAUCAAAAUAAUGGUUUACCUAUAACAUCAUUUACAAAUAAAAAUGAAAAUAAAACAUCUGAACAAAUAAUGAAAGAUAUUAUAAAUGGUUUAUCAUUAAAAUCAACUGAUCCAAUACCAUUUAUUCAUAUUAAAGGUGAUGAUGAAAAUAUUGAAGAAUUAUUAAAUUCAAAUAAUGAUAGAAUUGUAUUUACAUGUGGACAUCAUUAUUCAAUGACAACAUAUGAAUCAGAAAUUGUACCAAAUAUGGAAGCUGAUUUACUUGAUGCUCAGCCACAUUCACUUCCUCAUACAGCACAAUUACUUGGUAAUAUACUCACACAAAAUUCUAAAAAAGAUAUUAUUUGUCCAAAAUGUUUACCAAAAGUCAUCCAAAAUGCUGUUAAAACAGUUAUGGACAGUUAAAUUUGAUUAUUAUUAUUAUAUAAUCUUUCAAAUAAAUAUAAAAUUAGUUUUUUUUUUUUUUUAAAUUUAUAUAUUAUUGUGCAAUGAUUGAUGAUAUAUUGUUUGAUUCAAUUGAAGAAAGAAGAAAACUUGUAGAUGUAGGAAAAAAAAAAAAACAAAAAAAUUAUACCUGACAUUUAGAAUAAUAUUAGAAAAAAUAAUUCAAAAGUUUAUUAAAUUUUAUUUUUUUUUUUCUAAUUAUUAUUAUAUAAAUAUUUUUUAAAAUGUGAUAAUUUAAAGUCAAUUAUUAUUUUCAAAAUUUAUAUUAUUAUUUUUUAACAGUUAAAUAUUUGCACAUGAUAUAAAGAUGAUUAGUAUGUUAAUAGAAAAAAUAAUUACAACAUAAAUUCCGAUGUUGAUUAGAAAAAUUAUAUUUCGAUUUAUUUUUAAACACAAUUGACUGUGAUUUUGUAUUAUUUUUAAAAUUUUUAUAUUGAGUCAAUUUGAUUUAAAAAAUUUUUUAUUUUUUAAUUGAUUCAGUAUGUUUAAAUGAAUUUAGAAAAAAAAAUAUAUUUUUAGGGAAAUAAGACAUCUAUAUUAUGUGCAAAUAUUAACAGCUUUAUAUAUUUUUAUUUUAAUGGUUUAAUAGAAGAAAAAAAAAAUUGAAUAAAACUAUAAAAAAUUUUAGC